AUGCGCGAGCCCUACAUGACCCAGAUCUUGGAAGAAACAAAACGCUACGAGUUUCGCAAAUACAGAAUGGCGGACACUGUCAAGAGGGCUUGGUUCUAUCGAGUUACUCCAAUUUCAGCAAUUACUCAUGUCGGGGAGAUCGCUCCGUCAGUGACAAGGAGAGGUGACAGCGUGACUGUGAGAAAGGACAACUUAGAGAAUGAAAGACUGGUUCUGGAUAUCCCAGCAUGGAAAUGGGGGCAAUACGCAGAUGAAAUUUUGACGGUGUAUGAACUGGAAACGCCAAUCACGCUGCACAAGUUAGAGGAGAAAGAUGGCUUCGCGGGGCCACCAAGAGGAAUGGUUUAUUUACCGGAUAUGAUAAAGCAAGAUGUCGAUUGGGAAAACCAAAAGAAGGUUGGUUCACUGUGGGCCCAGAGGACUUGGAACUAG